AUAGUAAUUAUUUCAAUUUAAUUUAAGUAAUGAAAUUAAAUUAUAAUUUUGCACGUCUUUGUCACAUCCAGUUAAUAUUUUGCAAUUUCCAUUAAGAACGUUAUUUAAAUGCUGGUCGUAGGAACGUAUUGAACACGUCUAAAAUGCCACGGAAAAAACGCUAUUAUUCAUCAAGUUCCGACGAUGAUGAUGUGCCUCUAAAAGUGAUAAAACAAGAUUUAGACCAAGAACAAGAAGAAACUGAAAAGAAAAACUAUGAUUUAUACAAGACAAUUAAGGAAAAGUGCGAGUUUUGUGAUGAAAUCUUUCAUAGUAGGUACCAAAUACUAGUACACAACGCACGUCACAUUAUAAUACCCCUAAUAAACCACGAAGUCUGUAAAUGCUAUAAAUGCCACCAGCACUUUCUAUCUAAAAAACAUCUGUUAGAACAUAAAGAAACUUAUCAUGCAAUAAAGAUACAACAUGUAGAAAGCAAACAUAAGAAUAGUAUGUCUGUAGAAAACCAAAAUGAAAAUAAGCAUCACAAUCCUAAUGAGAAUAACGAUUAUAAGAAACCUGAUCCUCGAAAUAGUGAAUCUCAAAUACCUAGUCAAAAUAACAGUGUUGAGAAAGUCGAUCAGUAUAAAGUUUCUCAGACACCUGAUUGGAAGUAUAACAACAAUGAGGAACAAAAUGAUCAGAACUUGAUUAACAUGGAAGAAAAUGAAGACAUUAUAGACAUCUCAGACUCGAGUAACGACUCUAAAUCAAAAUCUACACUUUCAAAAAUUAAUAAAACUGAGAUAUUAAAUUCUAUGUUCACCAAAGAACCGUUAGUAACAUGUGAUGUUAUAGUCAAUGAACUUCUUAGACGUGCUCGUGUCAAAAACACCAUAGAAAAACAACCUGUUGUUCUAGUUGAAGAUACGCUUUCCAGGUUACUGUAUCAGGAAACAUAUGUUGAGGAGAAAACAUUUGUUGAACAUGAUGACAGUUUAGCAGAAAUUAUAAAAAUAAACUAUAAUAAAGAUUCCGUUCAGGAGAUAACGCAAGAAAAUGAAUUGAAAAACUUCAACGAUUUUGAAAUAGCUACCAUUAAAAAGGUACAGGAAGAUAAAUUCGAAAAUGUUGCCAAAAUCAAACUAUUCCACAUGCAAGAUUCAAAUUCUGAGAUAAGAAAGGAAAAUAUAAGAAAUAAACUAAUUUUUGAAGAUGACGAAGACGUCGAAGAAGAUCUUAUAAGUUUUGACAACUUCGAAUAUAAUUUAACACAUCUACCUGGAGCAGAUAGGCAUACAGGUGUGAAAGAGACGGAACUAUAUCUAGGGAAGAUGCUCGUGGGUACCAGGGCACCAGAAACUUCCACUCCUAGUGUGCAUUAUGACGAAUUAAUAGAAGACAAAAUGUGUGUUUGUCAACGUUGCGGAAUGACUAGUUCCAAUAGGUUCAAAUCAAUCCAACAUGAACUAAUACACAUGAAGUUCACACAACAUCUCCCACCACUCUGCCCUCAUUGUGACCGCUACAUCGACGGUAACAACCACAGCCUGAAACAUAUUGGUGAAAAACACUUAUUGAACGAAAGGAAGACUUCGCACUUGUCAAAAUGCAGCACCUGUGGCCUCAGAUACUACAAUUGGUACCGCCAUAAAAUCAAUUACCACUUCAUAUACAUAUGUUCGGUUUGUGGCAAAAGAUUCGUAACAGAAAGCGAACGUAUCAAGCAUACAGACGUUCAUAAUAUGGAAAGUUCGAAUAUUACUGGAAAAUAUGAAGACGUGAAGUUAGUCAAGGUGUGUGAAGUGUGUUUUUUGUUUUUCAAAAGCAAUCAGAAACAUAAAUAUGUGUACUUAAGAGAACAUAGUGAAGUCGGGAAGAAACAGAAGUGUGACCGCUGUGAGAAGUUGUUCUUUAACAUUAAGCUGGUUAAGCUUACAAUUUCGAGGAACAUUGAACCGGAGUAUACGAAAAAGAAAAAGACAAUUUCAAAUGAAGAAAGAUUGAGGCAUAUACAACUGCGGCUGAAAAAGAUGAAUAAAUUGAGUAGGUUCUAUGAUGUUGUUUUAUUUUAG